CAAGCCAACUGAAGUCGAAGCUCCAAGCCAGCUGUUUGUUGCCGCGCUUUUUAACAGACAGUGUGUGGCUUGCCGCUGCAAAUUGCCGCUGAUAACUGCUUUGAACAAUGCCCCAGAGCAUACUGCAGGACCCCCUGCUCCUGACUCGGUUGAAAUGGUCCGAAAUAGUCGACGUCUUGUGCUUAGAAGUUCUGGGCGAGACACGGCGUGACCCACUCUCCAUGCGAGGUCUUUUGGACAUUGAUGCGAUCGACAGUGGCGUGUUCAGAAUGUACUUUCGGUUGGAAAAGGACGAUGUACCCAGGCUACAGAGAGCCUUGUGCAUACCUGACAAGGUAACAACUCCGCAGAGGGUGUCAGUUCCCGGCGACGAGGCCCUUUGCAUCACGCUAAGAAGACUAGCCUACCCAAACCGGCUGCGCGAUCUGGAACACAUUUUCGCCCGACACAGCUCGACCAUAUCGUCAUUGACGAACGAAGUGCUCAGGCACAUCGAGGACAACUUCUUCCACCUUUUGGACGACGUUAAUAACCACACGUGGCUGAACCUGGACACCCUUGAAGAGUUCUCAAAGGUCGUUCACGCGAAAGGUGCCCCGCUGACAAAUUGCUGGGCCUUCAUCGAUGGCACGGCGCAGCCAAUAUGCCGACCAACAAGGAACCAGAAAGUGUACUUCAGCGGCCACAAGAGAGUCCACGCCCUGAAGUACCAAGCUAUAAUGUGCCCAAAUGGCAUAAUCUGCCAGUUGGACGGAUCAUACCCCGGCAGCAAACACGAUUCAGGCGAGUAAAUGACAAGC